GAAGGGGGGGUUGCUUUGGUAUCUCUGCUGCUAGGGCUGAAUCGCAGCCCCCUCCUGGGAUCUGGUGAGUCCAUAGCUGUCAACUUUCAGAUUUGAAAAUAAGGGAUCAGCAGCCUCGAAAAAAAGGGAUCAGCAACCUCACCUAUCUAACAAUCCGGGAUAUCAGCAGGAAGCAGCGGGAAACGGCGCUGGAAUAAGGGAAUUUCCCGCAAAAAAAGGGAAGGUUGACAGCUAUGGGAUUUGCUAGAACUUCUCAUUAAGACGGACAGAACUUGGCAGAAGACCAAAGGGUUCCUUCUGAUCUCUCAGAGGCUUCCUGAGAGCACAGAUGGAUGAGCGAGACUCAGCUGGCCCUGAAGAAGGAAGAGGCCAUGGAAGCCAAACUGGGAGCAGUGGGGGAUUCUGGGAAAACCCAGUGCAGAAGAUCCUGGGUGAGGAGGACACCCUCCGCUCAGAGGUGCAGAGUCAGCAGUUGAGGCAGUUCUGCUGCCAGGAGGCCAAAGGACCCCGAGAGGUUUGCAGCCGACUCUACCACUUUUGCCACCAGUGGCUGAAGCCAGAAAGGCACACAAAAGCUGAGAUGCUGGACCUGGUGAUCUUGGAGCAGUUCCUGGCUGUCCUUCCACCGGAGAUGGAGAGCUGGGUGAGGGACUGUGGAGCGGAGACCAGUUCCCAGGCGGUGGCCCUGGCCGAAGGUUUCCUCCUGAGUCAGGCAGAGGAGAGAAAGCAGGGAAGGGAUCUCUUUGCAGAAAUGGACCUGGAUUCCUGUGAGGCAGAGAGGCCUCCGUUGGACACCAGAGAGAGGCCACUGGGUGGCAGAAGGAUGCCGGCAAGACCUCCUGAUCCGCCUUUUUCUUGGUCCAGAAGGGAAGCACAGGCUGUGGAACCAGAUCAGGGUCCAGUGUGCUUUGAAGAUGUCGCUGUUCGUUUCACGGACGAGGAGUGGGCGUUGCUUGAUCCUGACCAGAGAGCUCUGCAUAAGGACGUCAUGGAGGAGAAUCGUGGGAUCGUGGCCUCUCUUGAUUGUGAUGAAUUGGAAAUCGAGAACAAAGGUGACCACGACAAAAUCCCCAGGGAGGAGAAGCCAUAUAAAAAUUUGGAGUAUGGAAAAAACUGCAGUCAGAGCUCCCAUUCCACUUCCCAUGAACAAAAUUUCAUUGGAAAGAAACUCUAUCAGUGCAUGGAAUGUGGAAAGAGCUUCCAUCAGAGCUCCCAUCUCAUUUCCCAGCAAAGAAUUCAUACAGGGGAGAAACCGUAUCAGUGUGUGGAAUGUGGAAAGAGCUUCAGUCAGAGUUCCAAUCUCACUUCCGAUCAAUUAAUUCAUACAGGGGAGAAGCCCUAUCAGUGUGUGGAAUGUGGAAAGAGAUUCAGGAGGAGCUCCGAUCUCACCACCCAUCAAAGAAUUCAUACAGGGGAGAAACCCUAUCAGUGUGUGGAAUGUGGAAAGAGAUUCAGUCAGAGCUCCCAUCUCAUUUCCCAUCAAAGAAUUCAUACAGGUGAGAAACCCUAUAAGUGUGUGGAUUGUGGAAAAAGCUUCACUGAUAGUUCCAAACUCACUUCCCAUCAAAGAGUUCAUACAGGGGAGAAACCCUAUCAGUGUGUGGAAUGUGGAAAGAGCUUCACUGAUAGCUCCUCUCUCACUUCCCAUCAAACAAUUCAUACAGGGGAGAAACCCUAUCAGUGUGUGGAAUGUGGAAAGAGCUUUAGGAAGAGCUCCGAUCUCACUUCCCAUCAAAGAAUUCAUACAGGGGAGAAACCCUAUCAGUGUGCGGAAUGUGGAAAGAGCUUCAGUCAGAGUGCCCAUCUCACUUCCCAUCAAAGAAUUCACAAAGGGGAGAAACCCUAUCAGUGCAUGGAAUGUGGAAAGAGCUUUACAGAUAGCUCCUCCCUCACUUCCCAUCACAGAAUUCAUACAGGGGAGAAACCCUAUCAGUGUGUGGAAUGUGGAAAGAGCUACACUCAUAACUCCUCUCUCACUUCCCAUCAAAGAAUUCAUACAGGGGAGAAACCCUAUCAGUGCAUGGAAUGUGGAAAGAGGUUCAGGAUGAGCUCUGAUCUCACCAAGCAUCAGAGAAUUCAUACAGGGGAGAAACCCUAUCAGUGUGUGGAAUGUGGAAAGAGCUUCAAUCAGAGCUCCUCCCUCACUUUCCAUCAAAGAAUUCAUACAGGGGAGAAACCAUAUCAGUGUGUGGAAUGUGGAAAGAGCUUCACUGAUAGCUCCUCUCUCACUUCCCAUCAAAGAAUUCAUACAGGGGAGAAACCCUAUCAGUGUGUGGAAUGUGGAAAGAGCUUCAGAAAAAGCUCUGAUCUCACGAAGCAUCAGAGAAUUCAUAAAGGUGAGAAACCCUAUAAGUGUGUGAUAUGUGGAAAGAGCUUCACUGAUAGUUCCAAACUCACUUCCCAUCAAAAAGUUCAUACAGGGGAGAAACCCUAUCAGUGUGUGGAAUGUGGAAAGAGCUUCAUUUACAGCCACAGUCUCGCUUUCCAUCAAAGAAUUCAUACAGGGGAGAAACCCUAUCAGUGCGUGCAAUGUGGAAAGAGGUUCACUGAUAGCUCCUCUCUCACGUCCCAUCAAAGAAUUCAUACAGGGGAGAAACCCUAUCAGUGUGUGGAAUGUGGAAAGAGCUUCAGUCAGAGCUCCUCUCUUACUUUCCAUCAAAGAAUUCAUACAGGGGAGAAACCCUAUCAGUGUGGGGAAUGUGGAAAGAGCUUCACUGAUAGCUCCUCUCUCACUUCCCAUCAAAGAAUUCAUACAGGGGAGAAACCCUAUCAGUGUGGGGAAUGUGGAAAGAGCUUCAGAAAAAGCUCCGAUCUCACUAAGCAUCAGAGAAUUCAUACAGGGGAAAAACCAUAUCAGUGUGUGGAAUGUGGAAAGAGCUUCAGUCAGAGCUCCUCUCUCACUUUCCAUCAAAGAAUUCAUACAGGGGAGAAACCCUAUCAGUGUGUGGAAUGUGGAAAGAGCUUCAUUAAGAGUUCCUCUCUCACUUCCCAUCAAAGAAUUCAUACAGGAGAGAGAGAAAGGGACGUGGCAUACAUACAGAGAUUAGCUGAAGAAUCAAGAAGGGAAAUGGAAAUUAAAAGACUAUGAGGAAGUAAAAGAUUAUUUGCAGAGUUGGUUACACUACGAACAAUUACAUGGAAUGUACGAGGACGAUAAUAAGAAAGGAUUUAGUUAUACAUUUUCUAGAUUUCAAAAGGGAGUUAUAGAAGUGAAACAGCUGAAGAAAGUGUAUAAUAUUUUGCUAGAACAGGAAACAAAAGAUGAGGAGGAAAAAAUGGUCAUGAUCAAAUGGGCACCAGAUAUAGGACAUAACAUACAAUUUGAGGACUGGGAAAAAUUGUGGAAAGUAGAUUUGAAAUUUACAGACUGUUCUCUCUUGAAAGAAAACUAUAUGAAAAUGAUGUAUAGUUCGUAUAUUACACCAGUACUGAUAGCAAAAAUGUAUAAAACUGGGUCAAAUAUAUGUUGCAAAUAUAAAGAAAAAGAAGGGACUUAUAAUCACAUGUGGUGGGAAUGUAGAGAAGUUUAAAAAUUGUGGGAAAUGAUAUAUAAUGAAUUGAAAAAAAUGUUCAAAUUGACAUAUGUAAAAAAACCCAGAAGUAUUCUUGUUAGGGAUUGGAGGACAAGACCUGCCAAGGAAAAGAAAGGAUUUAUUUAUGUAUGCUAAAACAGUGACGAGAGUCUUGUUCGCAGAAGGAUGGAAGAAUGAGGAAAUCCCAAUGAAAGAACAGUGGCAAGAAAAAUUGAUGACCUAUGCGGAAUUGCCUAAAUUGACAUAUAAACUGUUUGAAAAGGACAACUGUGACUUCAAGGAAGAAUGGGAACUUUUUACAAACUAUCUAAAAAGACAUCAAAAUAAACUGGAGUCCUUGGCAGGUUUUGAAUAAACAUCCAUAAAUUUAUUAGUUGAGCACAUGAUAGAUAAGGCAAGGAUAUGUACAAUUUUAUAACAUGCAGAAAACAAUAUAUGCAAAGAAAUCAGGGAGGGGAGCUGAGGGAAGUCGAUGGUGGGUGGGAGA